CAUUGCUUCAGGGCACACUGGCAGCAACAUCAAAGCAAGCAGCUGGAUAAAUGUUCACGAUCGAGCGCAUCAUUAUCUACAUCUCACUUCUUUUUCUUCGAAACUCGACAACACAUAAUAUGCAUUACUCAUCCACAUCUUCCUUUUCAACCAUGUCAAUAUCCUUCAGCAAACAGCGCUCUGCACCACCACCAUCGCUCACGACCUUAAGAACUACCGCCGCAGAUACCGCAACAACAGGAGCAACGAAAGCUUUUACAGCGUAUACAAUCACCCUCGCUCUUCUCCUCGCCUUCGCUCUUCCCCCGUCCACACAUGCCCAAACCAACCUAGGAUGUUACGCUUCCGACCUAACAAGAGCCACGACCCACGACAACACUCCCUCCCGCACCCAUCGCCCUCUCCUCCCAGAACUCUCACCCUCAUAUCACGAUAUUUACAUGACUCAGGACGCCUGUAGCGCCUACUGUAAAUCCAACCGCUUCUUGCAUGGGAUCACCGCCGGUGGCACGACCUGUUAUUGUUCAAAUCAACUAUUCCUCCAAGGAAACAAAGUCGACGACGGCAGGCGUGAUAAAUCCUGUGCUGGCUAUCCAUUCGAGACCUAUGGAUCAAAGUCCACUUUGAUAGGAAAGCAGCAGGACGGUGUAGAAACUGAGGGCGAUUCAUAUGCUAAUGUGGCGUUAGUGGGGAGCUCGCUUUUGGUACAAUCCAGCACUCUGCCCUCCCGUUAUUCAAAACCGGAACGGACUCGUGGGAGCAGCAGCGACCGCGAGGACAGGAAGGAAAUGAGUAUUGAGACUGUGGUACAGCCCCCGCGGUCAUCGCCUACGAAUACACCUACGACGGCACUGGCAGCGGCGGUCGAGAGAACUGUAGGGCUCCGACUGCAGAUCAGGAACAAUUCUGAAGAUCCCACUGAAUCUGAUGCGUCAGCAGUGGAUAACAAGGAGGACCUGGGACAGGAUGACGCUGAUGAAGAAGAUGAUGGUGAAGAUAACGACAAUGAUGAUGGUGGAGAUGGUGGGGAGGAAGAAGAUAAAUGUAAGUAAGGGCCGACCCGCUUUUGGAUCCGGUGUGAAGCUGGGGGGGGGGGGGUUUUCUUGGUUUCUUAUGGUGAGCAAUGAACCGGGAAG